UUCCUUCCCUGAGAAACCGUUAUUUAAUAUCAUAUAAAUUGAAAAACUGCGUACUAGAGGCAUAUUUAUUCCAAGACACUCGUCACUUCCUCUUUUUGUAUAAAACUAUGUGAAUAGCACUGUUUAGUUGUGAAGCGUCAACCAAUCAGAGGAGAAGCAGUUUCUCGACCUUAUGUCAAUGAGUACUGCAGAUUGCGAAAGACUAUUUGAUGUAAAUUCAUCUUAAAACAUCUAACCAAAGUUUCGUAAAUGUCAAAAUAAUCGUGCACACAUUGUGUGUUAAACUAUUAAUCAAUUUAUCGAGAAACAUUACUUCUCAGUUUUGUAAUCAACAAUUUUGUAAUAUAAACGUGAACUAUCAAAAACGGCUUUGAACAUGGAGUUCCUACAAAAAUCUGAAGAAGAAGCAAAAGCGAGAGCAACAAAGUAUGUGUCGAAUUUGCUACAACGUCCAGGUCAAUUGGAAAAAAUUGAUAUGUACAAACGUAGAAUAACCCGGAAAAAAGCUUCUGUAGACACUAUGCUCAAAACUGCAAUGCAAAGUCAAUUAGAUGGAGUUCGUGUGGGCUUCGAACAACUUGAGAGCUCUUUGGAGAGUAUCUCUUCUGUGAAGCAGGAGCUAGAUGACAUUGGUGAGUUGUUCAGUCAGGUUCCAGAAUUAAAUGCACGAUUACAGGCUGUUCAAGAAGAAAACAUGCGUCAUUCACAAUACGUUACUGCCAAAGAAAACUUGAAGCAUACGUUUACCGUGCCCGACAGUGUCGAAAAGACUAAGCAAUGGAUAAACGAAGGUAAACUGUUACAUGCUCAUCAGAGCAUUAUGGACCUUGAGAAUUCACGGGACGAUUUGCUUUAUGAACUUCAUAAACUUCCGAAUCAAUCGCCGGCUGACACAAUUAUGUUGAAAGCUUAUUUAGAGGAUGUUGAAAUGCUCUCACAGUUGAUGGAGAAACAAAUCAGAUUAGUACUAAGUCGUACAUUGAAUACUGUCAGAAAAGAACCUACUGUUAUUGUAACAGCAUUAAGGAUUAUAGAGAGGGAAGAGAAAGCAGAUCAUUUUGCUAUUCAAAGGCAUAAACAGAGCGGAUUCAUGCCACCAGGUAGGCCUAAAAGAUGGAAAGACAUGGCUAUGAAGGUGCUUGAAAAAUCUAUAGCCAACCGAAUUGAGGGCACUCAUGUUGAAGAAAGGGUAGAUAACAAAAUGUGGCUGGUUAGGUACUUAGAACUUACAAGGCUUUUAAUUCUAGAAGACUUGAGAGUUGCUAAAACGCUAUGUGAACCAUGUUUCCCACCUUGGUGGAAUAUUGUAAGAACUUGCGUUAAAAUGUAUCACACAAGUUUAUCCCAACAUUUGAAAGAUAUAAUUACAAAUGGCUUGGAAGGAAAUGAAUAUGUAUCUUUAUUAUCUUGGAUCAUGAACACCUAUACAGGACCAGAAUUGAUGCAACACAGAGAACUGAAUAUUGAUACAAGUGAUAUUGGUCCAUUAUUGAGUCCUGAGAUUAUAAAUGAUCUCCAGGAAAAGUAUUUGAAAAAUAUGUGCCAAAAUUAUGAGGACUGGAUGAGGAAGACUUUAGAAACUGAGAAAGUAGACUGGUGGAGUGGAAUAUUGCCAGAAGGUAGCACUCAAGAGGCAUACUAUCAUACUGCAGCACCUGUAAUAAUUUUCCAAAUGAUUGAUCAGAAUCUGCAAGUAACCAAAACAAUUAGUGCAGACCUAACAGCUCAAGCACUGGUUCUAUGCAUUGAACAAGUUAUUAAGUAUGGAUUCAUGUACAGGCAAGCUAUAUUGGAAUUCAAAAGCAAACAUUUUGAGGACAGAAGCCAAGUACCAUACUUCACCCAUCACAUGAUUACAGCUGUCAAUAAUUGUCUACAGUUUACAGAGCUAGCACAACAAAUGAAACAACUCUAUUGGGUUCCUAAUACUAGCGGGGAUGUCACUGUUAAAUUUGAAAAUCUACUGUCUAAUUACCAACAAUUACGAAAUGAAGCAGCCGCGAUAUUACUGGAAGAAUCUUUCCUAGAUUUAGAAUCGCAUUUUCAGGAUCUGAUAACUCCUAAAUGGUUAUCAUCCCCUAUUCCUGUAGAGACUAUCUGUGUAACUUUGGAGGAUUACUUCCAGGAUUACAAUCAUUUAUCCCCCAGGAACUUUGAAUAUGUUAUUACAGAGGCACAAAACCUCAUUGCAAAACGUUAUAUUUCCGCUAUGCUGCAGAGAAAGAUAUCAUUGAAAACGUAUGACGAAUGUCUGACUUGCACUUCAAAGAUAAUGACAGAAGCUGAAAAGCUAAAGAACUUCUUUGAUAGAAUAGCACCUAAAGUAGGAAACUUCAAUUCGCCGUUCGAAAUAAUCAAACGUCUUGCUGAAGUACUGCGUUGCGAAGAUUCUGAGAUACUUUCUCUUGAUUUACAUUCUUUGGUUGAAAAGUACCCGGAUAUGACGGAAGAUCAUUUAGUUAGAUUACUGGGUCUUAGAGGUGAUAUUUCUCGUAGCGAGGCAAGAGAGAAAGUCUCGUAUAUCUUUGAAGCACAACGAAAUCGCAAAGUACCACAAUCUAUUACACAUAGCAUAUUCAAACAGAUAGUUAUACAGGAUAGUUUCCUUGGUUGGAAACCUUGAAAUUCAAAAGCAAGGAAAGAAAUAAUCUAGAGUUUUACAUAUCGUUAAUUAGAAUGAUGUAAUUUUGGUAUAGUGUACUUA